AUGGCAUCUGAGACCUCCUCGGCGCCACUGGAAAGGCUGCCUUUUCAUCUUUUACAAGACAUCUGUUCCUGGCUGAAUCCGUCGAAAGACGGAGGCCUACUCGCCUUUUCGCUGGCGAAUCGACAAUGCGCCUCUGCGGCCAUGAAGUUUCGUCUCGGGCGCGUUCAUCUUGAGAUCGGCAGGUUGAUGUCAGACGAAGAUUUCGCGUUUAUGGACAAGUUACCAGAUGUAGAUGCCCGCCUUAGCUUUGUUCGCAAGCUUAGGAUUAGUGACAAAAGUGGGCGUGAUGAGAUUGAUGAGGAAAUCUUCUUUCCGACGCCUAGUCCACUUCUUCCACCAAGAAGAUCAAACAUUCUCUACGAGCCAAGCACAAUACAACAACUGCCAGAAGAGGUACUACAGAAAAAGGUUAAGAUUCAAGAAUGCUGGGUCCGAGUAGCGAGAUUCAUCAUCCGGCUGAGUGGUUUAUCUGAUCUUAUAUAUGAUUGCAAUGCCCAGGUACCGAUGUGCUUGCUCUCAGCACUGCGCGACAAUUGCCCAGAUGUCAGACUACAUGUUUAUACCUUCAGGCUUCGAAGUCUCUACCAGCCAAGGAACGAAUGUCACGAUAUCUCGCUAGAGGAGUUUGCCCUCGCUACGUCACCGAAUCUCUAUGGACUUUACAUGAGACACUGCUUUUAUACUGCAGCGGGAUACAUCGGCUACAAUGAAGAAGCCGUAAUACAGAUGGUACAAGGUUUAGCGCCAAGGCUAUCAUAUGUCGGCAUGGUUAGUAAACCGCAAGGCAACACGAUUGAAUUGGACCAAGCCUGGAAGUUACACAGGCAAUCCGGUAAGCCGAAAUGGAAGGGUUUCUUCAUCAACAACGACCAAACAUACGAUAAGGUGCAUAAAAAGGGGAGCUUACACACCCUGCACAUUCGAGGAGCUUCAGAGAUGAGCAUUCGUCAGUGGUCUGGCUAUACCGACUUUAGCAAGCUAACGAAACUGCAUCUGGGAGAUACUAUGAUUGAAGCAGUACAAGUCCUGGCUACUAUUGGAGAGAGUGACGGGCUUUCUUCUCUUUCCUCUCUCUCCUUAGGGCCUACAGCACGUAGUAAGGAGCAAGCAAUGGCUAUCGACGGGUCCGUAUGUCGGCUAUUGCGAGCUAUAAACCCGCUGAAAAGCCUCGAAUUGGAAAACGAGAUUGGAGAUGGCGCCUGGCGAGCAGUGAUUGACCGACACGGCAGCUGUCUUCGAGAGCUUCGUUUUGUCCCAGUUUGGCAGUCUUGGAAUGAUGUUGAGGUUCUUGUACUCUCUUAUGAUAAGAUACGACUACUUUCAAGUGUCUGUUCACAGUUGGAGAAGCUGGAGCUGCGUGUGCCUCGAACCAAUGGCGACGAAGACGAAAUUGACAUCUAUCGGAAUCUUGGGCGGCUUCCACGAUUGAAACACAUCUCUCUAAUCCUUCAGUGCUCUAUCAUCAAUCCUCCCGAAGCAAGGCCUGGCGAAACAUUGAUUGAUAUGGAAAAUGAUUUCUGGAAGUUACCCGUUAGCGUUUUCCGCGCCGCGCUCACCAAUACCGCCAUGGAUUCGGUCCUUGCUCAAUCCAUCUUUGAGGCAAUAGCUACAACGAGGGCGUACGUCAACGGCUAUUCUCUUGUCACCCUCAAACUACAAAUCCAUGGCGCUGGCCACUUCGGGCACUCCGCGCAGAGCUGGGCUGACUAUGAAACGACGCUCGCUCUGCAAUGGAUCGCGCGGAAGUGGCUUGUGAGAAGGGAUUUUCGGGACGGAGGCCUAGUCGUUCAAGAAAUCGAAUCUAUUUAUCAUGAUCAGGAUGUGCUGAAGGAUGAUUUCUUCGAGCGUGAUGACCUAAGAGCGGUCUGGAUGGAUGUAUGGCCAGGAAGCCCUGGUGAUCGAAGGAAUCAGUGGCAUAGCUUCCCUCUGCCUGGAUCAACAAAUUGGAAAGAGUUAUAA